UGCUUGUUGAGUGGACUGGGUUUACUCGAUAAUUUCCCCUUCUAAUCACACGCAAUUUGUGCAUUUGGAGGUGGUUGUAAGCAAGGACUGCGUAUGACUAUCGCGCGAGAGUCUCAGCGCUUGUGCUUUCCCCUUCGUUUUCUGCCCUUGCUUUCCUUCUUGUUUCAUGAAGAGUGCUAACCAGUUAGCUGCAAAGGCAUUGCAGCUUCGCCUUAAAGGAAAUCAUGAAGAAGCUGAUAAACUCAUGCUAGAGGUUCAGAACAUGAAGGUAAAUCAAAGUGCUGGAGAAAAUUCUAGUAGUCCUCAAAAGGUUGGAAGCACCAACAUUUAUGUUGUUCAAGACAUUUCUGUCCAAAGAAAGGAGGAUGAUGCUGAUAGACAUCUAGCUCAAAAGAUAAUCCAGAAUAAACAAUAUAGUUUAUCUGUUCAAGCAGAUGAUGAAUAUGAUUUUGAAGAUGGUCCACGCUGAACGUGAAGAAAGAAAGAGGGAGAUGAGGAUCCUAAGUCCACGGAGAAAAGUGUUCUUGCUACUCGAAUCUUAGACUCAGCAAGAACAUUGCCUUUUUUGCUUUCAGAAUCCAAACCAGCCAAUACACCUUGUUGUGUCUAUUGCAAACUUCACAUAUUUGAUAUUGCCACAGUGGCAGCCUGUUGUUCCAGGCUAUUGUUGCAUCUUACCAAUGCAGCAUGAAUCAGCCGCAAUGACUGUUGACAAUAAUGUAUGGGAAGGAAUUCGCAAUUUCAAGAAAUGCCUUAUAAUGAUGUUUGCGAAACAAGAGAAGGAUUUAGUGGUCCUUGAAACAGUGCUGGGGUUGGCACAACAACGUCGCCAUUGUUUAAUCGGGUGCAUUCCCCUGCCACAAGAAAUUGCUAAACAGGCCCCUCUCUACUUUGAAAAGGCAAUUGAAGAAGCUGAAGAUGAGUGGAGCCAAGCACAAUGCAGAAAAGCUGAUUGAUAAAGUGUGAAGGGGUUGCGCUGUUCAAUUCCCAAGGACUUCCUUUCCAUGUUGAGUUUGGCCUAAAACAAUGGUUUUGUCAACGUGAUUCUUCUUCUGACAAAUGUAGUAAGGUGCAUGCUACGUUUAUGGGAAGAAGAAUCAUGUGAAUUAAGCCAUUGUUUAGGCCAAACUCAACAUGAAAGUAAGAAAAGUCCUACAAUCCCUUCACAGUCCUAUCUAUCAAUAUUCUUAUUCAGAGACUAGUCCAGGUAGCGAGAAAUUAACAAUAGAAGGUUAUAUAGAUGUAUUUGCACAUGUAAAAUCAUAAAAAUUACAUUGAACAACAUAUAGGCAACAUGUAGGCAAAAGCAUAAAUAUCCUGUGACUAUCCCCGCCCUUUCCUGCCGUAAAAAAUCUGGAACGGUCCUUCAUAGCCCAUGUGAACUUCCUCCCGCAAUUCCUUGUAACUGCAUAACCAUCAAAUUAUUCCCUUCCAGUUGUCCCUUUCUGGAUCCUUCUUUCUUCUUCACAUUCUUCGACUCUCAAUGGUUUUCGAUCCUGGCCCACAUUUCCUGGAUCAAUAAUAGGACCACUAACAGAUUCCUGGACUUCAAAAUUUUUUCAAUUCUAUCGAGAAUUUUGAAAAAUGAAAAUUAUUGUAUAAAAAAGAAAAAGGCUUGGUGACCAAAAAAUUCCUGGACAUCAAAAAUUCUUUCAAUUC